ACAACAUGGAGGUCAGAUUUCCCACCAUCAGACUCUUGAUGAAUGUUCUGAUGCUGUUGGUUAUAGUAGCUGAAUUCAGUGAUUCUCAAACACAUAAUUCAGGUUUUCCUCAAGUUGUUCCAAACAGACAGCAGUUCUUUCAAGCAGAGCCUAUCAUGAUCAGCUGUGAAGGGCUAAAUGGGCUGACUGGAUGGAGAGUGAUGAAAAAGAUGAAUGGAGAUGUUAGAACAUGUGCUUCAACCUGGGAAAGAUCAUUUGGACCUUGCAAAAUUAUUAAUGCAUAUCCAUCAACUGACAGCGGAGAAUACUGGUGUGAAAAUGGAGAAAUACAAAAAAGCAACUCUGUCAACAUCACUGUAACUGAGAGUCAUGUGAUCCUGGAGCUUCCUGUUUAUCCUGUGAUUGAGGGAGAAAAUGUGGCCUUGCGUUGUAGAAAAAAGGAUGCAAACUCCAACUACACUGCAAAAUUCUAUAAAAAUGGCAUUUUCAUUGGGAGCAGCUCAUCAGGAAACAUAAUGACUCCCUCUAUAUCAAAAUCUGAUGAAGGACUCUACAAAUGUAGUAUUGCUGAUGCUGGAGAAUCACCAGAGAGCUGGCUUAACAUCAAAGCAACUGAUUUUCAAGCACACGGGUCUUCUCAACCCACUGGACUUAUUGUGCUGCGCUCCGUUGGUCUCAUUUCUUUGUUGGUGACUUUUCUUCUGUCAGUGGGACUUCCACGAUGUUGGAAACAUAAACUGUCAUUAGAGACAACAUAUUCAGUUCACCAAAGCACCCUGGCCUGCUCUGCCAAUCCGGAGGUACCGCCCGAUUUCCAUGGAACAUUGGAUGUUGUAGAGGUGUCUUGGUUGACACGCCUCUACAGAGCGUUCAGGAACACUGUGCGAGUCUAAUCCAGACCAAAGGCUCUGCCACCAAGGAUUUGUGUAUUGCCCGUGUGACCUCACCCCAGAGUGGAUGAGUCAUCUACCUUAUCCCCAGACUGUGCUUCCUCUAUGGAAGACGGAUCAUGUACAAGCAGAAGAAAACACUGACUGAAUGACAGAUAGCCAAAUAAAACUUUGUAUUCACUAUGAUAAGGUAGUGAUUCAUGGAGGUACAUGUCUUAUCUCUUGCCAUUAAUUGAACUGCUGUCAUUAUAAUGACUGUAUUUAUCCUCUUCCUAUUUAUCCUAUUAUUUAUCCUGAAAAGUUGGGGUCAGUUCUGUAGCAAAUGCAGGAAAAAAUGUUCUAAGAAAGCAAAUAAGUUGUAUUCUACACAAAUAUUGAGGUAAGCAAAGGAAUCUUAACAACAAAGCACCACGCAGAGAUUGAGCUUGCUGCUUGCUGUUCCACAGGUUCCACAAGCUCCCCCUGCUCUUUAUUAAACACUUGCUUGUGCUAUACUGUCUUUCCGAGUGUCAAUAACAGCAUAACCGAACUCACUCAUGGUACUGCAUUCUUUCCAUCAAACAAUAACUGUCGGCGACUUUGUAACGCAGUAUAAGCAGAACAGUUAAGAGAACAGUUAAAAGUCAUGUAACCGUAAACAGUAAAACAAGAACAUGUCCCAAGGCAUGAUGGGUAAUAACUAGCUGCUCCCCCAACACGCCACAAUAUGAUUGUUUGCUUGCAGGGCACUAGGAGAGAUGAGUCCUCCAUCACAGAUGGUGUGGACAGUGAAAAUGGUCACCUGCAGGUUCAAGCUCAUUGGAUCUCCAACCCACAUUCACUGCCACUGUACUUAAGGGAAGUUAGAGACUUUCUUCUGCACUUACAUUUGGAUCGCCUAAAUCCAUGAGUUCAGGCAGUAAUACCAGGACUGGAAACAAUCCAUCCUUAAGAUAUUACAGCAUACCAAGCUUCUGUGUUUGAAUGAAAAACAAAUGUGAUGUUUAAACUAGAGACUGCACUUGUGACUGAACAACAAAUACAUUUUAUUUUGAUUAUAUAAGUAAUGUAACUUGAAAAACAAAGUUGUGGAGAGCCUAAACUUAGUUUCGGAAUAAUUAAAUAUUAGACUUUGUUUCACUGUAAGAUUAUAACAAUAUAAUUGUUUGUUGUUCAGCAGAACAGUGUCCAGUAUGUUGGCUGAUAUACUUUUUGCAUUUGAAAAUAAAAGUUGGACUGAUUUUAACACCAUUACAAGAAGCGUUGUUAAUUAUUCUUUUU